UCCGCACUUAGCGCGUACAGCCCAUUCAUCACCUUCCCUUCCGCAAACGGGACAUAUCGUCCACUGGAUGUUGGAGCGAAGUAGCGCAAGGCACCAAGUCCAGUCUCCGUCUUUACGCCGCGUUUAUCGAUCUGUGAGCACGAGAUGAGGUUGCAUCUGGCAGACGGAACCAGAAGGGCAUUGGUCAGGGUCCACCCUCAGUUUGUUGCCCAGUACCAAAACCGUUCACACCAAGAGGACGGUCAAACUUCUGGAAUUCUUCAAAUGCGUCGCGGCUGUUGAAGAUAUGGCGUGUCGCCCCAGUGUCGUGGUGGAUUCGGUCGACCUGGUCGGGCUGAGCGGUGAAAGCGAUGGCAUUGAUGGUCGGUUCCUCGUCGUCCGGUGGUACUCCCACAUUGACCAUGAACACUGUUGCCAUCUCGUCUUCAACGGUUGACAUCGCGGCCUGCACCUCAUCCUCACUGUCGGCUGUGUCGUCAACCAUCCCAGCAAAGCGCUCUCCUGCACGCAGCGGUUUUCCAGCUUUAGCUGCGUCCCGGCGAGCUGCAAGACGUUUGUCUGGGGGAAGAUGGACAAAGAGGUUGCCUCGGUAGCGGUUACUCAGGUGGUAUUGUCCCUCUUGACCACCACCAAAAGCAAAACACCGAUCCUUGGUGUGUCCUCCCGGAGACUCGCACGUAGGGUUGUCGCAGUACACCGACAGACGACCGUCGGGACGUCUGGGCAGAUAAGGUUUUGCGAUGUUGCGUGCUGGUGGAUUUGCGCUGCGCCUACGGCUCUUCGAUCCCCCCGCUCCCUGGUGUGUGGCAGCGAGAACGUUUGCCUGGCUCUUGCAGGUGCGGUUUGCCACAACGUUGUUAAUUUGGACAACUUGCGCUCCCAUUCCCUGGUCGAUCUCUUCGCGGCGAAGACGCCUGAGGACGAGCUCCGAAUCGAACUGAACACUGUUGAGCGUGCCAACACUCAUGGCGUCGCGCAGUUCACUCAUAUUCGUCAUCGGACAUGAGGGCUGGGUUCAGCUCCUGGAGCUUGGAGUAAAGUUCCUCCAUCAUCUCUCGCCACUCAACCGGGUCGUUGUCGCAUUUCGAGCUGCAGAUCUGCUGCUUGAUUUUGAUUGCAAGAACAUCGUUGGCCGGUUCGUAGUGCUCGCGAAGAGCAAACCAGAGUUCGCGAGCCGACUUUGACUUGCCAACCAGUCUGGCGCGAUUGGCAGGUACGGAGUUGAUCAGCAUAGCCAAGCCGCAUGCGCCUCCUCGUUCCCUGCAAUGGUGAUAGUUGCAGGAUUCCCGUUGGCGUCGACACCGGUCAUUUGCUGAGUGGUGACAAGGGGUGGAAUGCUGGGUGGCUUGUAAUCAGGUCCAUCAAUGUACUUCCACUGUCCCAACACAUCUAAAUGCGCUUUCGCUUUCAUCUUGAA